AUGGGCAGACUGGCCAGCAAAUCUGGAUUUGGUCACCAAAUUUUGCAAGCCCUAAAGAAGAGGGUUGCCCCCACCAACCAGUCCCACCUAGUGUACCCUGUUUACCUGUUCUACCCGUUCGACCUGUUUGACCUGUUUGACCUGUUUGACCUGUUUGACCCGCUCUACCCCAACAACCCGACUGUCCGCAACCUCCUUAACUGCCUGCCAGUUCCUGAUCCUGUUGGUAGCUCUUCGAGCUACAUCUUGUCUAUGAACCUGAGAAUAGCCUGA